UAGUAUAGGAAACGUUUUUUGUUGCAAACGUAUAUGUGGCUUCAUUUAGCUUAGUCCUUUAACUUUUGCACGUCUUUAACGAGUGGUUGUCUCUUUAAAGUUGGUGUUUAACUCUUUCUAUUUCACAUGUAUGUUAUUAUGGGUACCAUUGAACAUUUUGCGAGGGGAAUUGAUGUCUGGUCUUUCUGAAUGCGUUUUUCUUACGCUAGGAGCCGCGAGGAGCAGUCACAGGGGCCGGGCUCUGGCACGAGCAGGACACUGAACAACAAUGGGGCAGCUGAAGUGGGUGCUUGUGCUUGCUCUUGGAAGCCUGGCGCGCGGGGCUGACAUAAAUCGGAGGGAUGCGCCCAGCAAAACACCGUGUGAGUCACUGACUAACAGCUUGCAGCCCGAUCAACCUAAUAGGUUUGGCCAGCCUCCACUGCCACCACCGGGAUUUGGGCCACCCCCUCCACCGCCUCCUCCCUUCUGGCCACCACCACCACCACCUGCAUUCUGGCCACCACCACCACCUCCUGCAUUCUAUCCACCACCCCCACCUCCGCAACCGCAGAACUACCCAUACUUCCCAGGCCAACCAGAGAGACAGCGAGGCCAAGUCUCCGAGCCCUGCCACCAGUGUGGCCACUACGCUAGAGCUGGAGCCAUCAAGGACGAGGGCGGGGCGCAGACUUCCAGCCACCUGGUGAACAGCGCAGAAGACGUAGCAAAGUCAGUGAACAGCGGCACAGUGUCUUCAGGCGCCUCCAGCCAGGCUGGAUCUGGCACCAUCAAGGAGGGCGGGGAAGCAGAGGUUUCCAGACACCUGGUGGAGAAUGCUGAAGGUGGUGACAAUGGCAGGCUAACGCUCGGUGACGGCGAGUCUUCGAGCUCUUCCAGCCAGGCCGGAGCUAGAGGCUCAGCUGUGGCGGGUGGCCACGUUAAUGGCGGCGGCUGCUCCCUGUGCAACAGCGGCUCUGGUUCAUCUUCUGCUUCUUCUUCUUCUUCUUCUUCUUCUGCUGCUGCUGCUUCUUCGUCGUCAUCCAGCGGCUCCUGGAGUCGUUCCUCAUCCUCGUCUUCGGCCAGUAGCGAUGCUGCUGGGCUCGGAUAGUUAGGUGCUACUCAAUUAUCUGUCUUCAAAUAUCUUUCUUCAGCACGAAAACACAACACUAGUUAAUGCUUCUCUUUAAAGUUAUGUUUAUGCUUAAGGCUUGGUAUUAGUCAGAAUAUUUUGGCCUGAAUUGGGGGAAGGGGUAAAAAGACGAGUUUUCACAGCACAUAAAAAAAUCCUCUCCCUACCACUUCUAUCAAGAAAAAGUUAACUGGGGAUGAACAAGUCCUCGCACCCCCAACCUCCUGUGGAGACCUACCUGACUCUCAAGCUUCUGAGGAUAAAGGCCAUUUUCAACCAAAUUCAGUCUGGCCGCGUCAAAUAAAAACCAUAUAGUAGAUUUUGAAAAUCUAGUUCAUGCUAUGUUUUUUUAAUUUUUUUUAUUUCAAGAUGGCGAUAUGUGAUGAAUUAUUCAGUGUAUAUAUUUCAGGCUACUCAUUAUUAACUUAAGCAGCAACACUACACCUAGACUGAGUUGAAUUCAUUAAAAACAUCAGCGGUGCUGAUACUCUAUCUAUAAAAACAAAGACACAGCAUGCUUGUUUGUAAUGGAAACUCCCGCAUAUGGUAAGGGAUGCGCGUGGGGGAGGGGGCAGGCUGCCGUGUUGCCAGCUCCUUCCUGGCCGGUCUCCCACCCCCUCGCGGCUGUGAGCGGGGAGACGGACUCGACCAUCAGCUAGGCGCGAGGUCGAGACAGGCCUGCAUUUACACUUAGUGGGUAGUGUUUAGUUAGAGCACAGAAAAUGAAAACAAAAUUUGAUAGCAUGAUAUUCAUGUAUUAAAAAUAGUAUAUUUUGGUGCUCGCGCAGUUCAUCUUCACAAAUUAAGUAAAUACGUCACUUUAAAUAACUUUUUUCUGUGGAUGUUUGUUGACAUAUAAUUAUGGAGUAAUUUAUGUCACACUGCUAUGCACACAUACAGUACACUUCAUCUAACACAAUCCUGCUCAAAUUAAAUUUUAAUAUUCUGCUCUAUGUAAUAUUUUGUUUAGAUGAAGAUUGCUAUUUAAUUGGUUUUAUUGCCAGGUUGGGUUAAUCUACAUUAAUCUUUAGAAGAAAAUAAAUAUAAUUAAAUUGAUUGGAAAGUUAGAAUCAAAUUAUAAUUCUUCAUAAUGAUAUUCCAUCAAAUGAAUUAUUUUGAGUUAAAAAAUUGAAUGCUUGAUAAAUUAAAAUUUAUUUUGAUGCAAGUAAAAUUUGUAUUAUUAAUUCCUUACAGGACACUUUACCACCUAAAGUUAAAAAGUUUUGCUCUAAACAUGUGUUUAUAAUACACUAUAGAGCAAGAAAAAGAUGUUUCCAGGAAAGACGCAAGGGUUUUAUAAUUACAUAGAAAACAGUUAUAUGUUCUCAUUGACCCAAGUGCUUCAUGAUACAUUGAAAACUGCUUCAACAUGACUAAUGGCCAGUUGCACCAUUGGAGUUCCAUUUUAUAUCCACGAUAGUUGCUUUUUAUAUACUAAACUGCUGUACCUUAGAUAUCAACACUCAACCUGAGAUCAAAUUCGGUGGUUUUGGGAAUCACCUAUUUUUGUGAGAAGAGGACUUGAACCUAGAACCUAGGAGCAUUUAUAUUCAAUAAAAAAAUUGCUUUUAAAUAAUUUCACUACAGAAGAUAAUUACGGGUGAACUUACAUGUAUGUCUUAAACCAACAGAAAUUAAAAACAGUUAUUGCU